ACGACUUCUUCUUCCCCCUCGCAAUUCUAAUCCUUUUCGGUUUUGAACUUCGCUCCUCUUCCCUUCAAAUCUCGCUCGCCGCUUUCAAUCUCUCGCAAGCAUCUCUUUCAUCGCUAUUAUCUGCAUUCUGCCCUUCGAGAAGAAGUGAUUUGGAAUGGAGUCCGAGCACGGGAAGCUGUUCGUGGGAGGGAUAUCGCAGGAGACGACCGAGGAGACCUUGAAAGAACACUUCGGCAAGUACGGAACGGUCUUGAAUUCGGAAAUCAUAGUGGAGUGGGGCUCCGGCAAGGGACGGGGUUUCGGUUUCAUCACAUUCGAGGAUCACUCUGUGAUCAGCCAAGUCCUUAGCGACGAACACGUCAUUCUUGGGAGGACGGUGGAGGUUAAGCUAGCCAAGCCCAAAGGUGAGAAGCACCAAAACCAGCAUUACCUUUACCAUCAACAGCAGAGUAAUGCAACAAGUAGCAACAACUGCAAUGGCAACUACAAUAGGCCUCUAAGCAGAAAGAAGAUUUUUGUUGGGGGUUUACCACCAAACUUGACGGAUGAAGAGUUCAAGAACUAUUUUGAGAGAUUUGGUGUGGUUACUGACGGGGUUGUGAUGCGUGACAAGCUGACUAGUAAGUCCAGGGGUUUUGGCUUCAUCACGUUUGAUUCUGAGGAAGUGGCUAACAAUGUGCUGAAAGACAAGUUUCAUGAAUUGAACCAAAAACACGUUGAGGUAAAGAGGGCCGAGCCGAAGGAGGCUCGGAAUAGUAGGCAAAUGUCCACGUAUGAUUGUCAUGCUAGAGGAUUGGGUUUUGAAAGAUUGUCUGACUGGGGUACUCUUAGGGCUCAUCUCCCUUAUCCUUCUUUCAAUGCUAGUUACCUUCCUAUGCCUUAUGGGAGUUACCACUAUGGAUAUCCCAUUCCUGCUGGGCCUUCGAAUGGGAUUUCCUAUGAGGAAUAUCUACAUGUUCCUAUGUGUAGUCAUUAUCCUAGCCAAUUUCCUUAUGCAAGCACUAGUACUCAUACCAACACCUACAUCAAUUAUGGGGUCAUUCCUAAUGGUUGGACUACUGGGCUGGGGCAAAUAUCCAAUGUUGAUGGUGGUUAUCUUGCUAAUGCCAGUGGACCAGGGGAAAUGCCUGAUCGUGAUGGUGGUUAUCGUUAUCCCACCAGGGCUAGUGAACCAGGGGAAAUUCCUAAUGGUGAAAGUAGCAUUCAUGAAGAUGCAGCAUCCGGCAGUAAUAAUGAUGCUAAUAAUGAUGAUGGCAAUGGAAAUUCUGAGGUUCCAGCACAUAUUAUCCUCGCUCAACCAGAUGAUGACUCAUUGUGUUCUGAAAUCACUGAUGGUCAGCAUCAACAGGGAGCAGUUUGCCGAUCAACUGUUUGUAAAUCAAGGUGACGACGUUGGUUAGAGGUUCAGGUUGGCUCAAUUUCAAUAUGGACCUGGACUCGAGUACCAUAUAUUUGUGAAAUAUUUACCGAACCCGAGCAACUAGACAUAUGCUGACAUGCAAUUUUAGAAGUAGCCGAAGUCAAGUCAGGGUUUCACUUUCAAAAUAAUAUAUGUAAAUACUAAUUACGCUGUAUUUAAUUCUUUUAAAAGAUAAAAGCCUGGCUGGCAACAAAACGAUAAAGUUGUGCCGACAAAUUUAUGGUUAAUUUUUUUUUCCAGGGAUUUCAGCUUGUGCCGGCUAAUUAAUUUGUUUGUCUCAUUCUCUC